ACGUUUAAAUCGUUAUAAUAUGUUCUUGUUUUUGUUGUUGAUUUUUUUAUAUAGAAAAAAAAUCAAUUUUUGCUCUUGCUUGAAUCUGCAUAAAUUUAACAAGACUGCAUUUUAUUCCACGGUCGAGAAAACAUAUUAUUGUGGCUAUUGUUGUCACUUCAAGGCGCAUUUUACAAAAACAAGAUGACAAGCAACGGCCGUCUUACGAAAUUCUAUUGGUUUGGUUUUGGUUUAUGGGUGCACUGCCCACGAUUAAUAAUGUGGAUAGCGACGGAAGAUAUCUUAGCUGGCUCCUUGUAGUCAAUCGUUAUGAUUACUUUCACUGUUCCGGACAUCUUUAGCCAAGCUGUUGUCAGUCCAUGGAUUGUGAAGCGAAUCUCAUUCCUGCCAGCAUUCAUCCUCUGUUUUUCCAUGCUUGUUGGGAUUCAAAUGAUAUUCGUAUUUACCAAUAUGGUAAACGUGAGACUGGCUGGGAUGUGUGUACUUGGAUUUGCCAACGGUUUGGGAACGAUUACUUCGGUGAAGCUACUAGGAUUUUAUAAUGAAUCUGCUGGAGUUUAUCGAAGUGGUGCCAAUCUUGCGACAGCCGUGGCCUCUCUCUUUUAGACUGGGCUCACGACAUGGAUAUGUGUUUCACCUCGUAUUGCUAUGGCCAUUUUAAGCCCUCUUUAUCUGCUGCCGCUCUUGAUUUAUGCACUGCUCGAUAAGGAACCAUUGAAAGCCAACGACAACAUUGCAAAGGAAAUUACAUAUCAACCAUUUGACGACAAAGACAAUGAUAAUCUUAACUCACCCACUCAAGCUAAAUACAUGAAUUCUGAAAAAGCGAGCAUUGGUCAGCAACUCAAGACCUCAUUCAGUGUAUUUCUUCUUAUUUACUACAUUGGAAUGCAAACGUUUUUAUUUGAUAUGACAUUCACCGCUAUUCUUUCUACUGUGACAUUUCAAUCCUCUCCCUUCCCCCCUCGGGAUCACUAUCAAUAUUACCAAUUCGUGACCGAUGGUGGCAGAAUGCUGGGAGGGAUGGAGUUAUCUGUGGUGUCCCUUUGUUGUCCUGGUUUUCUGGAUAUCGUUAAGAUCCGUCGUGUGUGGAUCUUAGUGUUAUUGUCUUUUGGUCACGUGUUAGUGUUUCUGUCUAUUUCGUGGUUUCACUACAUAGACAACGUGUACAUUAUGUUCAUCUUGUGUUUAACCUUCGGAGUGACUAAAGGUUGCCUUAGUGUUCACUGCUUUUCAUUAGCGUCCGACCUCAUCACAGAUUCCAGGAAACUUGGAAGAGUUCUUGGGUAUAUGGAAGUGAGCAUAUCAGUUUGUAGGUUGUCGGCAGGACUGUUGGGUUUGUUCGUGGAGAAAUAUCUGAGAGAGCACUGCGAACAUCGAUUGUUGUUGGGUCGAUUCUGUAUAGCGAGGCUUUCUUCCCCCGGAAUGUGGAUCACGUCGAACUGUCACCGCACUUUUAAUUAGUCGCUUCUUUUGUUUUUGGAAACUAUAUAUCUAACCGCUUGCUUUAAUUUUGUGUUUACACAGUUAUUUCUAUUCAUAUAUAAUGAUUCAUAAAUGCGAAGAAAAAACAUCCAUCGCUGUAAUUCCUUCAUUUCAACAAUAAACUUUAACUAAUAAUGAUUUAGAGAAAGUAUUUAGAAAAAAAAAACCCACGCAAGUAUCCGACGUUUCGGAUGCGAACAUCGAUUGUUGUUGGGUCGAUUCUGUUUAGCGAGGCUUUUUUCACCUGGAAUGUGGAUCACGCCAUACACUAAAUAAAUAUAAUAAGUCCUUUAUGCUAAUGUUAAUUGUUAUAUUUCACUUUUUUCUAAAAUUUUGUGUAUUUUCGCUACGCUCACUCUCCAAGCGACCAUGUAAUAUCCUCUAUAUAUCAAGUGUUAUGGUUUUACUUCCUCUUAUUUCACUUCCGGUUUGUAUCAUUUGCAUACUUUAUGUAAAUUAGAAUAAUACGUCUGUUCAAAAAUGGCUGCCAUGAUGUAAGUUUUGUACUGAAGUAAAUCUACUUGCAACCAAGCUAGAGUAAUCCAUCCUUAUCCGAAAACACAACAUCAAGUAUCAACAUUUUGACAAUAAAAUGUCUAAAAUAGCGUGAGUGCUGAACAACAACUCAAAUUCAUUGGGUUUCUUCACAUUUUUUACAGUUCAGGGCGAUAACAUUUACGCACAGGCAACCCAAGCAAAGCAUUUGAUUCAAU